UUCUGUUCACUCAAUUGCACCAUUACUAUAAGUCCUUCCCUAUUGUAAUUUCUGCAAGCUCAAAAGCCUUGCGCUGUAUUUGCUUUCUCUGCCACUCUGAGCUCAAAACUGUCAUGGCUGCCUCAGUCUCCUCUGUUGGAGCUGUCAACGGAGCUCCACUGAGCUUGAACAGAUCUGGAGCUGGAGCUUCAGUUCCCAGUUCAGCCUUUUUUGGCAGCAGUUUGAAGAAGGUUACAGUCUCAAGGGUCCCUCAGACCAAAAUUUCCUCUGGGAGUUUCAAAAUUGUUGCUGCAAAAGAGAUUGAUGAGAACCAGCAGACUAAUAAGGACAGAUGGAGAGGUCUUGCCUACGAUAUUUCAGAUGACCAGCAAGACAUCACAAGGGGGAAGGGUUUGGUUGAUCCCCUUUUCCAAGCUCCAAUGGAUACUGGAACUCACUAUGCAGUCAUGAGCUCUUAUGAGUACCUCAGCACUGGACUUAAACAGUACAACUUGGAUAACACAAUGGGCGGAUUUUACAUAGCUCCUGCUUUUAUGGACAAGCUUGUUGUUCACAUCACAAAGAAUUUCAUGACCCUGCCAAACAUCAAGGUUCCUCUCAUUCUUGGUAUCUGGGGAGGCAAAGGUCAAGGAAAAUCCUUCCAAUGCGAGCUUGUGUUUGCCAAGAUGGGAAUCAACCCUAUCAUGAUGAGUGCUGGAGAGUUGGAGAGUGGAAAUGCAGGAGAGCCAGCAAAGUUGAUCAGGCAAAGGUACCGUGAAGCUGCUGAUAUAAUAAAGAAGGGAAAGAUGUGCGUUCUCUUCAUCAAUGAUCUUGAUGCAGGAGCUGGUCGACUUGGUGGAACCACUCAGUACACUGUGAACAACCAGAUGGUGAAUGCCACCCUCAUGAACAUUGCUGAUAACCCCACAAACGUUCAGCUCCCUGGUAUGUAUAACAAGGAAGAGAAUCCCCGUGUGCCCAUCAUUGUCACCGGUAACGAUUUCUCAACACUGUAUGCUCCUCUCAUCCGUGAUGGUCGUAUGGAGAAGUUCUACUGGGCACCUACCAGAGACGACCGAGUUGGUGUCUGCAAGGGAAUUUUCCGCACUGACAAUGUUCCCGAAGAUGACAUUGUCAAGCUUGUUGAUACCUUCCCUGGCCAAUCCAUUGAUUUCUUUGGUGCACUCAGGGCUAGAGUAUAUGAUGAUGAAGUGAGGAAGUGGGUUUCUGGUGUUGGUAUUGAGGGUAUUGGGAAGAAGCUUGUGAACUCAAAGGAAGGACCUCCAACCUUUGACCAGCCCACGAUGAAUUUGAAUAAGCUCUUGGAGUAUGGUAACAUGCUUGUCCAAGAACAAGAGAAUGUGAAGAGAGUCCAACUGGCAGACAAGUACUUGAACGAAGCUGCCCUUGGUGAUGCCAAUGAAGAUUCCAUCAAGAGAGGAACUUUCUAUGGCAAAGCGGCACAGCAAAUAAAUGUUCCUGUUCCUGAAGGUUGUACUGAUCCAAAUGCCGAAAACUUCGACCCAACUGCAAGAAGUGAUGAUGGAACCUGCUUAUACACCGACUGAGAACUUGAGCAUUCUCCGCUUGAGGAGAAACUAGGACAUGAGAUAAUCGAAUAAUUGUAUCUAGUUCAUACUGGAUUGUUAUCCCAUUUUGUAAUUUUAGUUGCAUUGUUAUCCCAUUUUUCAGCCUUUGAUUUGUUGCUUUUCCACAUUUAACUUCUGGUUUGAAACGAUGUUAAUAUUAUCCUAUCUGGUUAUUUCAA